ACAGCGCGUGCGCGGAAGGAGCCGAGGUGAAGCUGUCGCGGUGUGUCAGAAGAGGUGCGUGGCACCAUGCUGUCCCCCGAGGCGGAGCGGGUGCUGCGGUACCUGGUCGAAGUGGAGGAGCUGGCGGAGGCCGUGCUGUCGGACAAGCGGCAGAUUGUAGACCUAGACACCAAGAGGAAUCAGAACCGCGAGGGCCUGAGGGCCCUACAGAAGGACCUGAGUGUCUCUGAAGACGUGAUGGUUUGCUUUGGGAACAUGUUCAUCAAAAUGCCUCACACUAAGACGAAGGAAAUGAUCCAGAAAGAUCAGGAGCACCUGGAUAAAGAAAUAGAAAGGCUGCGGAGUCAACUUAAAGUGAAAGUUAACCGCCUCUUUGAAGCCCAAGGAAAACCAGAGCUGAAAGGUUUUAACCUGAAUCCCCUUAACCAGGAUGAGGUUAAAGCCCUCAAGGUCAUCUUGAAAGGAUGAGACUCACAGCAGGAUGGGGGACCUGUGACAGGACUUCCCAACCCCCAGCCUUGAGACCUGCAAGGACAGGAUUGUCUGUUUAAGGGGACAGGCAUCAGGAAUGUGGCUUCUGUACAAAUCUUUCUGUAGUGCUUGGCUGCUUUGUGCAAGAGAGAACCCUUAGUCUGCUCUGUGGGCUUGGCCUGGCCACCAGAGCUUGGACACAAGACCUAUUGACAAACCCUGGCAGCUAUCAGUAGGUGUGUGGGUAUGUGAGAAUGUCUGCAGCCGACACUUCUCAACAGUACCCUGCUGUUCACAUGGGCCUGGCCGGGGAUGGAGGCAGAGGAAGGCGGACCGGGAGGUUCAUUCCAGCUUUCUGCACAGCGAGGCAUUUUCGCAGGCAGUGUGUGUGGCAACUGGAAUAAAGCAGGACACUGACUAUUCACUUCUGUGUGAAGCAAACCUUGUGCUCCUCACCAGCUGCAGGGUAGACACAUUCAUUUCCCUACUGCUGCAGUUCUGUCCUUUUUCCUGCUGGCUUUCUGUAGUAGAGGUGCUGCCAGUCAUCCUCUGUGGUUGCUCUUGAGAUAGAAGUCCUUACAGAGUUCUGGCCCAGGGCUGGCAAGCAGUAACCUUCCUGAUGUGACUCGACAUGGAGUAUCGUCCCCACCUCUGAGAGCAGGGCCUGCCUGGCUGGCUGGCUCGAGAUCAUAGUAUGAGUGUGGCUCGAGAUCGUAGUGUGAGUGUGGCAUGAGAGCACAACUGACUUCUGGUCCUUGCCAUUCAAUAAACAUUAACUGAACAAACAA